AUGCCCCCUUCCCCACACCACACAAUCAAACCCACCUUCCUAGGGAAGUAUCUGGCGGAAACGUUUGCGGAGAAGGGCUACAAGACCCACCUGGCAGACCGGAUCCCAUUCACAGAGAGCACAGCCGGGCACAUACAGCGAGCUCGAGCGAAAGAUCUGAUGGACAAGCUGGGGAAGUCGGUGACAGUGGGCGACACAUGUGGCAUAAGUAAGGGCUUCGGGGACGAGUUUAGCACAGUGACGAAUAUCAAUCGGCAGGUCAGCUGCAUCCAAUUUGUGCUGGACCAGAUGAUGGAAAGGCCGACGCUGCGGUUGGUAAUCGUGUCGUCUAUGGCGAUGGGCAUGAGUGUGGAGAGGGAUGCUGCUUCAAGUGGAUUGAUUGAGAUGUAUAGUGGUCUGGCAUUUGCCUACCACGAGGAGUACGGUAUCAAAAUCUCACUUGUCCAUACAACGGCCGAGUUAUUUGGCGCAUGGGAACACCCCCAAAUGCCUGUCAGUCAGUGGACUAAGGCGCUCGAACUACAGAGCGAUACGCUAUCUGAAGUGACAGGGCACGGGCUGAUGUAUGUCGGCGAUGCCGCGAAUGCGAUCCACUCGUGUAUGAUCCACUCGCGCGAUUGGGACGUGUGGGAGGUUCGUGCCGGGGCGCAUUCAUACACCGAUGUAUGGGAAACCCUAGCCAAGUACUAUCAAGGCAACCCCGAAAGUCGGGAGAAACUCCCGGCGGACCUGGCCCGAGAGAAACGGGACCGGGUCAAAUUUGGGGCCGUCAAGGACAGGGAGCGGGACUCGCUGGGCACGAAGUUGCACCUGCUGCCGCAUACUUAUGUCACCAAUGCGCAUUCGAGCAUGCUGAGUGGUGCUUCCCCACCGAG